AAAAAAAAAAGAAAUCUUCGACGAGAUAAGCAGCCCAAGAGCGCAAGAAGGCCUGAAAAAGGAAAGAGAGGAGGGAGAGAAGCUUCCAUUUGACCCACCAUAGAGAUCCCGUGGAGGAGAAUUUCUACCAGACCGAUCUGUCGCCUCUUGUCUUUCUCGGACAACUUUUGAGUAUCCUAAAUCUUAACUAUGGGUUUGUGGGAUGCUUUUCUCAAUUGGCUUCGCAGCCUCUUCUUCAAGCAAGAAAUGGAGCUUUCAUUGAUAGGACUUCAAAAUGCAGGAAAGACAUCACUUGUUAACGUCGUUGCUACCGGUGGAUACAGUGAAGACAUGAUUCCUACGGUUGGGUUCAACAUGAGGAAAGUGACAAAAGGAAGUGUCACAAUCAAACUCUGGGAUCUCGGUGGUCAGCCUAGGUUCCGCAGCAUGUGGGAACGCUACUGCCGUUCUGUUUCCGCCAUUGUGUAUGUAGUCGAUGCUGCUGAUCCUGACAACCUUAGUGUCUCGAAAAGCGAACUCCAUGAUUUGUUGAGCAAGACGUCGCUUAGUGGUAUCCCUCUUCUAGUCCUCGGUAACAAAAUCGACAAGCCUGGUGCUCUGUCCAAAGAUGACUUAACCGAGGAAAUGGGGCUCAAGUCUCUCACAGAUAGAGAAGUCUGUUGCUUCAUGAUAUCAUGCAAGAACUCUACCAACAUUGACCAAGUGAUUGAUUGGCUUGUAAAGCACUCCAAGUCUGCAAGCUAAACAUAUAUUUUCUCAGUCUUUCUGUGUGUGUUGCUCCUUUGAUGGUGGAAGAAGACAAUUUUAUUUCUUUUGUUUUAAAUCAUGUGAGAAACAAGACUUUGUCUUUGUUUUUAUCGUCUUUCUUUCUUCUGUAUAUUAGUCUUGAUUGGUUUUCUUCUUCUUAUGCAACAAAUUUCAUCUUCCUUCA